CACAUGAAAAUGUAAUCCAACAUUACAAGAACCACAAACAACGUUUACUUUCCAACAUAGACACAAUCCUUAGUCCACACAAAGAAUCUAAAAACACAAACAAUGGCCAUUACUUCUUCAUCCUCUUCACUCAUUUCCACAUUCUUCUUCAACUCUUCUUCAUUCACUCGUUCCAUAAUCACCAAACCAAAAUCCAUUCAUCUUCAAAAACCAAGUCACUUAAUUUCUCACCCCACCCUUUUCCUACUACACCCUCCACCUAAAACACCAUCAACAAAAACAACACUUUCACUUCCAAAACUUACUAUACCUAAAACAUGUUUUGAUUCUCUUUUCAUUUUAUGCACUUCAAUUGCACUCUCUUUCACUCUCUUCAUUUCAAAUGUUGAUUCAGCUUCUGCUUUUGUUGUAACUUCUCCAAGGAAGUUGCAAUCUGAUGAACUUGCUACUGUUCGUCUCUUCCAAGAGAAUACUCCUUCUGUUGUUUAUAUAACUAACCUUGCUGUCAAGCAGGAUGUGUUUACUUUGGAUGUGUUGGAGGUUCCUCAAGGAUCUGGCUCAGGUUUCGUUUGGGAUAAGGAUGGUCAUAUAGUCACCAAUUAUCACGUUAUCAGGGGUGCUUCUGAUCUCAGGGUCACUCUUGCUGACCAAUCAACAUACGAUGCAAAAGUUGUUGGUUUUGACCAAGACAAGGAUGUUGCCGUGCUGCGCGUUGAUGCUCCUAAAGAGAAGCUCAGGCCUAUACCUGUUGGUGUCUCUGCAGACUUGCUUGUUGGUCAGAAAGUGUUCGCUAUUGGAAAUCCGUUCGGACUUGACCACACUCUUACAACCGGAGUCAUCAGUGGACUUCGGAGAGAAAUUAGUUCAGCUGCAACCGGUCGUCCUAUUCAAGACGUUAUUCAGACUGAUGCAGCAAUUAAUCCUGGUAACAGUGGAGGGCCACUCCUUGAUAGUUCUGGAAACCUCAUUGGGAUAAAUACAGCCAUAUACUCUCCAUCUGGUGCAUCCUCCGGUGUUGGAUUUUCUAUUCCUGUCGAUACUGUAAAUGGCAUUGUUGAUCAAUUGGUGAAGUUCGGGAAGGUUACUAGACCUAUAUUAGGGAUCAAAUUUGCUCCAGAUCAAUCUGUGGAGCAAUUAGGGGUAAGUGGAGUGCUUGUCUUGGAUGCUCCUGCCACUGGUCCAGCCGGGAAAGCAGGCUUACAAUCAACGAAGCGUGAUGCAUACGGUAGACUUAUUUUAGGAGACAUCAUAACAUCUGUGAAUGGUACGAAGGUUACUAAUGGAAGUGACUUGUACAGAAUUCUUGAUCAAUGUGAAGUUGGUGACAAGGUGAUUGUGGAGGUGUUGCGAGGCGACCACAAAGAAAAGAUUCCUGUCACUCUUGAGCCAAAGGCCGACGAAUCAUGAUGUGCAACUCAUUCUGCAUCGUUCAUGUAUAUAUACUGUUUGAUGUGUAUUCUAAGGUUGUUUCCCAACUGUGUGUACAUAUGGGACUGUACUAUUUGCUCCAACACAAGUUGAGAUUAAAAAAGAAAGCACUAAAAGAAACAUGAUAUGCUCAUUAUUGCUGUGAAGAUUCUUAGAUUUGUUCACUUACAUGGAAAUUUUCUUAAAGA